AUGUUCGCAGGCCCAGUGGCGUCAGCAGGGACAGUGUCGGAGACCCCCCCCGCGGCCUCGAUGCCACAGAAGGCACAGCCCGCCCCCUUCAAGAUUCCAAAAUCCCUCAGUGAGGUCGAUAAUGGAAAGAUCCUAGGCUUUGGCGCAGAGUUGGCGGAAGGACACCCCGGCUUUGCCGACGAGGCAUACAAGCAGCGACGAGUCGACAUCUGUAAAAUCGCCAGCAAGCAUGAGAUAGGCGCCCCCAUCCCCGCCAUCGAGUACACGGCGGAGGAGACGGCGGUGUGGUCCUACGUCAUGAACGAGCUGGCGGAGCUCUUCCCCGCCCACGCCUGCUCCGAGUUCCUGGCCUCCUGGCGGGAGCUGGGCUUCAGCCCCCGCCGCGUGCCCCAGCUGCAGGAGGUCUCCGAGUUCCUGCAGGCCCGCAGCGGCUGGCAGAUCCGGCCCGUGGCGGGCCUGCUCCACCCCCGCGACUUCCUCAACGGCCUGGCCUUCCGCACCUUCCACAGCACGCAGUACAUGCGGCAUGGGGCCGACCCGUGCUGGACCCCGGAGCCGGACAUCGUGCACGAGAUGAUCGGGCACGUGCCGAUGCUGGCGCACCCCGCCUUCUGCCAGCUGGCGCACGCCAUCGGCGUGGCGUCCCUGGGCGCGGACGAGGCCCAGAUCUGGCACCUCACCAAGUGCUACUGGUACACCGUGGAGUUUGGCGUGGUGCGCGAAGGAGGCGCGGUGAAGGCCUUCGGCGCGGGCGUACUGUCCAGCUACGGCGAGAUGAAGAACAUGGCCUCAGGCCGGGCCGGCCUGCGCGAGUUCGACCCCUUCCAGAAGCAGCCCAAGAUGAGCUACAGCGACGGGUACCAGAAGACGUACACGGUGCUCGAUUCCUUCGAGGACGGCGCGGCCAAGCUGGAGGCAUACUGCAAGACGUUGCACGUCCCGCUCAGCGAUGAGGUCCGCCAGGCCGUGGGCUUGGCGUGA